AUGAGGGAAGAAAACCAGUCCUCUACCCUGGGUUUCAUUCUCCUGGGAAUUACGGGUCAGCAACAGCAGGAAGAUGUCUUCUUCAUCCUCUUCCUGUUUGUUUACCCCAUCACACUGAUUGGAAAUCUGCUCAUCAUCUUGGCCAUUCGCUCUGACAUUCGCCUUCACAACCCCAUGUACUUUUUCCUUGCCAACCUCUCCUUUGUUGACAUCAUCUUCUCAUCUGUAACUGUCCCUAAGAUGCUGGCAAACCAUCUCUUGGGCAGCAAAGCCAUAUCCUUUGAAGGAUGCUUAGCACAAAUAUAUUUCAUGAUUGCCUUUGCCAACACAGAUAGCUAUAUCUUGGCUGUGAUGGCAUAUGAUCGUGCUGUGGCCAUCAGCCGGCCUCUUCAUUACACAACCAUCAUCAGCCCGAGGUCUUGCGUUCUGCUUGUUGUGGGGUCUUGGGUGAUUGGAAACUCCAAUGGUCUUCCCCACACUCUGCUAACAUCCAGGUUGUCCUUCUGUGGCAACCACGAAGUGGCCAACUUCUACUGUGACAUUACCCCUUUACUCAAGUUGUCCUGCUCUGAUAUCCACUUUAAUGUGAAAAUGAUGUACCUAGGAGUUACUGUUUUCUCUGUGCCAUUAGUAUGCAUCAUUAUCUCCUAUGUUCGGGUCUUUGCCACUGUUCUACGGGUCCCAUCCACCAAGGGCGUGCUCAAAGCCUUCUCCACCUGUGGCUCCCACCUCACAGUUGUUUCUCUGUAUUAUGGGACAGUGAUGGGCAUGUAUUUCCGUCCUCUGACCAGUUACAGCCUGAAAGAUGCAGUGAUAACUGCGAUGUACACAGUAGUGACCCCGAUGCUCAAUCCUUUCAUCUACAGUCUGAGGAACCGGGACAUGAAGGAUGCCUUGGGGAAGCUCUUCAGCAAGAGAAUUCCCUCAUAA